AUGAUCGUGCGGAUCAUGGGCGCCCUCGACGUCCUCGCCCACCAGCGUCACAUUCCGCACGGGCGACCGCACAGACGCCACGCCGCGAGCCUUGAGGUACGGUGCCGCGGGAGGCGCACGCAGCAGGCCCGACACAGCGGCCAAGUCCGCUCCCAGCAAACAGGUGCCGUGGUGCAGAGCCCGUCGGUUCGUCAGCUUGUACGCCGAUCCGGAGAUCUUGUACUCGCCGACGUCGUCCGCACUACCGGACCCCACCACAAUGUCGUGCCGCUCGUUGACCCGUGCGCUGGUGACACCGAGCGUCUGCAGGGCGCGUGCAACCAUCAGUGCAUGCUGGUCGCGGUCGAAGCCGGCCGCCGGAAUGUGCACGCUCCAGUUGGCAUUGCCGGCGUCGUGGUACACCGCGCCGCCACCGGAGCGGCGGCGGACCAGCUGCACGUCGCCGAGCGGCGGUGCUUGUGGAACACCUGUGGGCCGUGCCCGUGCCGACAGCUGGUUGAGGUUCACCUCGGCCCAGGGGUUCUGGUUGCGGCCGAUGACGACGCACGGCGCAUUGCGGUACAGCAGCAGCAGGCGGCUCUGCGGGUGCGCACGCUCAAAGAGCCGGUGCUCAAUGGCCAGGUUGGCAUACGGAUUGCGGCCGACCGAGUGCACAACAUGCACAACAGGCUGGGUCUGUUCCUCGUCCGGAGGUUGGCUGACGCGGUCGAGCAGUCUGUCGAGCUCGCCGGCGCCGGUGGUCAGCCAUCGUGGUGCUGA